AUGAACGUCUCGUACAACUCGGCUCUGCGCCAGAGCAAGGCCAUCCGCGCCCAGCUCACCACCCUCUCCUCCAAGCCCGACCCGACCCCAUCCGAAGUGGGCAACGUCUCCGCCUCGCUCGCCUCCUUCUCCAAGACCAUUGACGAGUACAACGCGCUGGCAAAGCAGGAGAUUGUACCCAAGAAAGCAGAGGAGGCGACGGAGCGAGUGCGCAAGUUCCGCGACGACCUCUCUUCGUUCCGCACCGAGGUCGACACGCUCAAAAAGGUGCGCGACGACACACAGUACCAGAACAACAGAUCCGAGCUUCUCGGCAACCGACGACCCUACAAUGCGACUCCAGAGAACCCGUACGCGAACGUGAAGCAGGCGGCGCAUUCCGAGUUCCAGCCCCGGCAGCAGCAGCAGCAACAACAAGCAUACAUGUCCGGAGACAAUGCGCGGGAGGAGCACGCCAUGCGCGAGCAAAACUUCUUUGCCAACACGAACUCGGCUCUCGACGAGUACAUUGCACGUGGACAGGCUGUGCUGGGUGACCUAGGGCAGCAGCGGGAGAUGCUCAAGACCACACAGAAGCGCCUCUACAGCGUCGCCAACACCCUGGGCAUCAGCGGCGACACCAUUCGCAUGGUCGAGCGGCGAGCGAAGGAGGACAAGUGGAUCUUUGCGGCGGGCGUUAUCAUUUUCCUGCUGUUCUGCUGGCUAGUGAUCCAUUAUCUACGAUAG